GCGCAGAGGGGGCGCGGGCGCAGUUCGGGUCGCGGAGGCGCCAUGGAAGGAAGCUACGAGGCGUGUGCCGAGGCCGCGGCCUGGCUGCGUGCCCGCAUCGGGGCUGCCCCCCAAGUGGGGUUGGUCUGUGGGUCGGGACUGGGGGCGCUCGCUCAGGACCUCGAAGAGCCCCGAACCUUCGCCUACGCCGACAUCCCCGGAUUCCCCCGCAGCACCGUCGCGGGCCACGCGGGGCUCCUCCUGGUGGGGCGCUUGGGGGGCGCCGUCGUCGCUGUCCUUCAGGGCCGUUUCCACCUCUAUGAGGGCUACAGCCCCGCCCAGGUGGUGAUGCCGGUGCGGACGUUGGCCUUACUCGGGGUUCACACUUUGGUUCUCACCAACGCCGCCGGAAGCCUCAGUCCCGAUCUUUUACCCGGAGAUCUUCUCGUGAUCCGGGAUCACAUCGAUCUGCCCGGACUGGGGGGGCGGAACGCCCUCGUGGGGCCCAACGACGAGAGGUUCGGUCCGCGCUUUCCCGCCAUGGCGGCCGCCUACGACCGCUCUCUGCGGCGGUUGGCGUUGCGUUGCGCUCCCGCCGCCCUCCGGCCCCGUCCCGGCGUUUACUGCGGCGUCGGCGGUCCCAGUUACGAAACCCCCGCCGAGUGUCGGCUCCUGCGGCGCCUCGGGGCCCACGCCGUCGGGAUGAGCACGGUGGCGGAGGCGGUGGCGGCGCGGCACUGCGGGCUGCGGCUCUUGGGGCUGUCGCUCAUCACCAACGCGGCGCCGGGAGACGACGACGACGACGAGGAUGACACGCGUGACGCCGCCGAGGACACGCGUGACGCCGCCGAGGACACGGAUAACGCCGAGGAUUUGGGACACCACGAGGUGUUGGCGGCGGCUCAGGAGGCCGCGCGGCACCUGCGGGCGCUGCUGGUGGCUCUCGCCCCGCGCCUCGCGCAGCGCCGCCAAUAAAACAUGGCGGCAGCGGCGCCGCAACACCCCCGAAACGGCCCCGUUCCGCCCUAAGGAGUUUGAUAGACCCAAAAAAGAAAUGCGUUCCUACACACAUUCUGGGGUCUCGCCUUCAAAUUGCUGAAUUUUUUUUGAAAUUCUCAAAAUUUUUGAAAUUUUCAAAAUUUUUUGAAAUUUUGAAAUUUUUUUUGAAAUUUUGAAAAUUUUUUGAAAUUUCAAAUUUUUUUUAAAAAGUUUGAAAUUUCAAAAUUUCAACAUUUUCCCUCAAAAUUUCCAAAUUUCCCUCAAAAAAGUAAUUUUCCCUCAAAAUUUCCAAUUUUUUUACAAAAAUUUUAAAAUUUUUUGAAAUUCUUGAAUUUUCAAAAUUUUUUGAAAUUUUGAAAUUUUUUCAAAACUUCAACAUUUUUCCUCAAAAUUCCCAAAUUUCCCUCAA